GAGACGAGUAGCACGGUCGGACGUGUUGCGUGGGGAAUUCGACGUCAGCAAGGUCAAGGAUAUCUCUUGUAUUCCUUUGAAAUUCAUUCAGAUGGUGAUAGAAAGUCAAAGAAACAUGAAGGUAUUCAUCUUGGCUUUGUUCUUCUGCUGGACAUGUGCAGGCGCAAAUGCAGCGGCGCAUUUGAAUUGCUUCGGCCAUGUGUGUGAUGGUCAUAGAUCGACUUGUCUCGUUAGAAAUGACCAUGAGCUAACAGGCAGAUGUGAGGAUGCCCACGUGUGCGAUGAUCAUUUCUUAUGCAGUGCAAACCAUCAGCCUGAGCAUGGUCCCCACCACGAAUGCUGCUGUACAAGCCAACAUUGUAUCGACGCCUUUAAAGUUUUUCAGUCUACAACACCAUUGACCUGUUUUGGACAAAUGUGUGGAUCUUCUCAUUCGAUAUGUCUUGUCAACAAGGAAGAACACGGUUUUACCGGACGGUGUGAGGCACCUGAGCACUGUCACCGCCAUGCUAAAUGUACUGCAAGUUACGGGACGGUACAUGGCCCUGGACACGAGUGUUGUUGUAUGGAUCAGCAAUGUGUCGACAAUCUUAGCAGCGGUACUAUUCAACAUUCAGGGAGUUUUCUAACAUGCCUUGGGCAAACCUGUGAUGCGCACAAACCGUAUUGUAGGCUACAUAGCGGAGAUGAUCACUUGACCGGGCACUGCAUGGAGGAGUGGCAAUGCAUGGAACACCACCGUGGGAUAUGUAGAAGUUUAUCCGACACACAUGGCCAUGAAGGUUGUUGCUGCCAACACGAUACUUGCAUAGACACUAUAACAGGUACCCAUCACGCUAGCAGCAGUCAUACAUCUAGUACCUCUGGAAUAUUUUCGAAUGAUCUACAAUGUUCCGAGUGUAGUGAUAUUGCAACCCAAACCUGUGUUCACGAUCAUUUAAAAUGUGGUGUGAAUGAGGUCUGUAAAAUAAAGCAUACUCUACAGGGAAAAGUGUCUACUCAAUGUGAAUCAAUCCUGCAAUGUGCCACAGACAAAUUUGCGGACGCGAAUCAAAGACAAACACUGUGCUGUGGCAGUGAUCAGUGUACAACCAAUGCAGUCCAUAACAUUACAAGCACAGGAGGCCACCUGACUUGUCCCAUCUGUAACAAUCAAUAUCUUGGAGAUUGUCAUGGUGACCAUCUGUGUGCUGCAGGAGACUCCUGUAUGUUUGAAGCCCAAAGCGGGCGGUUGUCGACGAAAUGUUCUCCCAAUUGUCAACAGCAGGGUUCGAAUACCUUCUGCUGUAACGAUAACUACUGCGUUGCUAGCACAAUCAAGCAUUUUCACCAAGUUUCAUUUGUGUGUCCACGAUGUACUGACCAAUCGAAGGAUGUCUGCCUUGCGAGCACGAUCACAUGCUCCGGAAGUACUGCGGGCUGCUCUAUCGUCAGAACAGAGAGAGGGUUUACUGCAGGCUGUUCCAGUAGUUUUCAGGACUGUAUGGCAGUGGCAAAUACAAACAGUGCAGCGUGUGCUUUAUCAUCACCCAUCGACAACACUACGCAUUGUCAGACAUGUUGCCAGAAAGAUGACGCAGACUGUAUAAGGCAAGCCCUAUCUGUACAUAAUACAGUAAAUAAUAUGCCUACAACAGGUGCUCCAACAAUGAAGGCCUCCACAGUUGUACAAACACUCGAGCCUACAACAGGUGCUCCAACAAUGAAGGCCUCCACCGUUGUACAAACACCCGAGCCUACAACAGGUGCUCAAACAAUGAAGGCCUCCACAGUUGUACAAACACCCGAGCCUUCAACAGGUGCUCCAACAAUGAAGGCCUCCACAGUUGUACAAACACCCGAGCCUACACAAGGUUCGACGACUGGUAUGCCUAUAACAGUUGCUCCAGCAAUGAAGACUUCACCAGUUGUUCAAACACCCCAGCCUACACCAGGUUGUCCUCCGUUUGACCUAUCUUGUCCGUCAGGAUGCGCUACAUAUGAUGUACAUUUGUGCCCUAUUUGCGAUCAGAGUACAGUUGAUUGUCGUGGAGGCACCAAUGCUCCGGUUGUAACUGCGUCUGUCACUACAGCAAGUCCAAUGAUAACAGAACCAACAACGAGUGACACAAAUACGUUUGCAACGUCAACGGCAGCACCUGUAGUAACAUCAACACCGACAGCAACAGUUGCACCAAAAGUGUGUGUUGAUAAUGACCCCCAAAGCUGCCAGGCCUUACACGGAACCCUGUGUACAGCCACCGACCUACCUAUUCACCACCUGGCCGUCGUCACCUGCGCUAAAUCAUGUGGUUUUUGCGAUGAAUAUUUACAACUUGACGCCACAACAACGGCAACAUCAGCGCCUCCGGUAACAACAACACCUAGAGCCACAACUACACCCAAAGUAUGUAUGGAUAUGGACCCGGAUAGCUGUCUGCGUAUGGAGGCAACAUUAUGUCCAGCAGCAGAUCCAAACCUACACCAUAUGGCUGUUGCCACCUGUGCUAAAACGUGUAACUUUUGUGACGAGUUUUUGCACUUGUAAAGUACUCUACGGACAUAUUUUCUACAAAACAAAACAUUCAAUAAAUUGUGUAUGUCGACAAA